ACACGCUUUAAUAUUUCGAAGAAACGAAAUGUUACACUUUAUUCUUCCACGAAAAGAGAAUAAUGUGAAACUCUUCGUUUUUCCGAAUCGUCAUGUAAGCGUGUCGAGAAAACUAACUGUGUCUAUACCUACUUUUUCAGUUACCGACCCCCAACUCUCUGCUCAUAGAUAUCCCAAUACUGAUGAGUUGAUACGUUGAUACUGAUAAAUCACUUUAAACCUACACAUACACGUCAUCUUUUUCCUAUAUGAAAAGUCACAUAUAUUCAAUGAAUUUACGUGUCCCUGCUGCUCGUGUUGUCUGUCAUUUGUAUUCGUACACAUAUCAAUUGUACUAUUAAAACAACCCAUUUAAUUGAUCGUCAAGAAAACAUAAUGACUUACGUGGCUGGAGAUGGAAGUCUAGUUGAAAGAACGCCCUGGAGUCUCGGGUCACUAUUUGGAUUGAUUUUUGGAUUUUUCCAUGGAAUCGGAAUGUUCUUCAAUACUCUCAUUCGUCCAAAAUCCAACAAGUAUGGGGACAGAUACACAAGAGAUUACAGACCAGGAUCUGGACCACCUCGUCCACCAACACGCCGCAUGGGUGGACUAAAUUUGGGUCCAUCCGUUUCCGUACCUGGAGGCUGUAGCAGUUGUGCAGGCAGAUAAAAACAUUGAGGUUUCAAAAAGUAUUCUUUUUGAUUGACCUUCAAAAAACAAAAAUAUUGCUAUCACAUCAUUAAUAAUAUGAAAAGAGUAAUUCUGGGAUACGUUAUCAUUUCAUUUUUGGUUUUUUUCGGGCUGAAAAAAUUGUAAUUGGGAAUCAACACAUUUCGAAAAUUGAAUUCGUUAUGGAAAUUAUGAAUAUAUAACAAAAUGGUUUACAAAUAUCAAGUUUGAAAAUGAAAUAUUUCAUGAACCUUAAAUGGAAUUGAGACACAUUAAUGUUUUGUAAUCAAAUUCACAGAUUAUAAACAAUUUUCAAAAUUCUAAAAUAAAAACGUUAAUACCAGGUGCAAACGAUUAUCAGCUUCAAUCGACUGAUUUAAAAGGAAUGAAGAAUACUAAUGUAAUAUCGCGUUUGUUGCUUUUAUCAUUUUAUUUGUAAAUAACAGGUGAUGUAUAAAUUUAAAUAAAAAUGUAACGUGA